AUGGCAGUACUGUCGGGCGGUAUCAUUUCUACAACAGUCAAAACUUACGUGACUCAAGCUUUUGCUGCUGAAUUUACUUCACGGAGUUUUCGAGGCGUCGGGCCGGCGCGCUCAAUUCCCGUCGUCAGUCGCACUAGACUUGCUGAAGAGCAACAAAACGGUACCCAGGACCGUUAUCACUCGAUGAUGAAUUCCAGUAACUCACGUACCGUCCCGGUGCAGUUGAUCCGGAAAACUUCGGUUGAUGAUUUCAAUGAAAAAAUGAUUGGAAUGCUGGAUGAAGUCGAAAAGCGGGUGGAGCAAUUAAGGUUCAUUACUUGCCUUAAAGUAGUUUUCUUGAAAAAUCUCAGGGAAUCUGCGGGGCAGCUGGAGCAAGAGAAGGAAUCAUUGAUCGAUAUGCUUGGCAAUGUGAAUUUAAAUUCCGAACUUCUCCGCCUAGGACAAGGUAAUUCUGCUUUUAUUCUCGAACUGCGCCGUACUGAACUGCGGUGA